AUGACCUCAGAAGCUUCACUGAAUGCACUGGCACCUCCAGUGUUUGAUGGAAUAAAUUAUCAAGUGUGGGUUGUCCGUAUGGAAGCCUACCUUGAUGCUAGUGAUCUAUGGGAAGCUGUUAGUGAGGAAUAUGAAGUUCCUCUCCUGUCCGACAAUCCAACUAUGGCUCAGAUAAAACUACACAAUGAGAGGAGGCAAAGGAAAUCAAAGGCAAAAGCUAGUCUAUUUGCAGCUGUCUCAUCUAUAGUUUUCAUCAUAAUCAUGACACCGAAGACAACAAAUGAAAUAUGGAACUUCUUGAAGAAGGAAUAUGAAGGAAAUGAACGAAUCAAAGGGCGUGUGGAAAGGAUAUGCAAAUCUCAACAGCAGCAAGGAGAAGUCAAGGCUGCUGUGGAAGAACGUCAAGAUGAGCAACUGUUUGUGGAACUUGACAAAACUGUUACUUCCAAAGUUAGAAUUGGAAAUGGAGCAUAUCUUGCAGUAAAAGGCAAAGGAACAGUGGCAAUUAAAGGCCACACAAGUUUGAAAUUAAUCUCCAAUGACUUAUGUGUUCCUGAGAUUAAUCAAAAUCUGUUGAGUGUUGGUCAACUGCUAGAAAAAGGCUAUAAGGUGUUGUUUAAGGACAAUCACUGCAUGAUUGUUGAUGAACAAGGCAGAGAGAAGAACGAUCUUGGAGAAGGCUUGCCUGAAUUAGAGGUGAAGCCUCCUACUUGUGUAGCCUUUGCUGACAUCUUCUGGAAGUUUAAAGCUUGGGCUGAAAAUCAAAGUGAAUGUAAAAUGCAAGUGAUCAGGUCUGAUAAUGGAACUGAAUACACCUCAGAGAAAUUUAACAAAUUUUGUGAGGAUGCAAGCAUUGAGCACCAGCUUACAACACCUUAUACCCCUCAACAGAAUGGAGUCGUUGAGAGGAAAAAUAGAACACUUAUGGAAAUAACAAGGAGAGACAAAUUGGAUAAGAAAACAGAAGUUGGGAUCUUUAUAGGUUAUAGCUCAAUAUCAAAGGCCUAUAGAAUCUACCUUCCAGAAAACAACAAAGUAAUAGUUAGCAGAGAUGUCAAAUUCUUCAAAUCAGAAAGUUGGAGUUGGGAGAAUGAUAAGAAGCUUGAGUUUAAAGAGAAUCUUGAGUUCCAAAAUGACCUUGAGUUUCAGGAGGAGAAUGACAAUAUUGAUGAUGAACCUAUCAGGAGAACCAGAUCACUCUCUGACAUCUAUCAAAAGUGCAAUGUUGCUAUAAUAGAGCCUAUAGGGUAUGACGAAGCUGCAGCUGAUAAAAAAUGGAUGGAUGGGAGCUUAAAAUGA